AUGGCAGAGGUUUUCCGUGCCUCUUUCCAAAGUAACUUGACCAUUUUGCCCAUAGUCACGGGACCUCAUCAAUCUGUUGUCUGGAGACAGCCACACUCUCACGCCCACACCCACACCCACAACCUCACCCUUACGCCCACACACUCAACCUCACAUUCACACCCUCACGCCCACACACUCACGCCCACCCCCACACCCCCAUCCUUAAGCCCACACACUCAACUUCACAUUCACACCCUCACGCCCACACCCACAUCCCCACCCUUACGCCCACACACUCAACCUCACAUUUACACCCACGGGCACACCCUCACGCCCGCACUCACACCCUCACGCCCGCACUCACACCCUCACUCACACUCUCACGCCCCCACACCCAGUUUGAACAAUUGUAGGGGUGAGAGUGCAAGGAAAUGUAAGGUUAAUAUGAGAGUGCAAAAUUGGGUCAACACUGCACAGACGGAAUUGGCAGGCAUACUCCUUGCAACGAAGUUCUUCAUGUUCAUCUUCGGGGCUCUGGAGUAG